ACAUUUCUUUUUUCGGUUAUUUUAUUUUCUCAAAUCCAGAAGGGGCUGCUGACGCCGGACCCAGCAGCGCAUUAUCAUCGUCGAUCCGACUUUUCCUCGUCGAAUCCCGAUGAACGACACCCGACUUUGGGCUGAAAAAUUGAACCCUGGACGAUGGAGAUGCCUUAAAUUUCGUUCGGCGUUUGGUGUCGUUUCAAGACCAUAUGAUCGCAGAUCAAGAUCACCCAUCUUUGUCUUCAAGCUAAAGGGAUUGCUGAUUGGAGGUUUAGGCUGGAAUUUGUUCCUUCAGAGGAAGUGGAACCGAGUUUGUUGAUGCACUAGGGCUUAGUAGUGUGACACUUGACUUCAGAGUCAUGCUUCUUUCCGCACUUUUAACUUCAGUGGGAAUCAAUCUUGGGCUUUGCUUUCUGUUUUUCACUCUGUAUUCCAUACUGAGAAAACAGCCUGGUAAUGUUACUGUCUAUGCCCCACGGUUGGUUCACGAAGGAAAAUCUCAGCAGAGAGAUGAGUUCAACUUGGAGAGAUUUUUGCCAACAGCUGGUUGGGUCAGAAGGGCCUGGGAGCUUUCUGAUGAACACAUUUUAUUGAAUAUGGGCUUAGAUGCUUUGGUCUUCUCUCGCAUUUUUGUUUUCAGUUUGAGGGUGUUUAGCUUUGCUGCCAUGGUCGGGAUCUUCAUCCUUGUUCCAGUGAAUUAUAUGGGCACUGAGCUUGAAGAGUUUUCUGAUUUGUCGAACAAAACUUUGGAUUCAUUCAGCAUUUCUAAUGUCAACAAUGGGUCAAAUAGGCUGUGGAUUCACUUUUGUGCCAUAUACAUCUUCACAGGGGUUGUCUGCUCUUUACUUUAUAGUGAGUUCAAGUACAUUUCAUCAAAGAGGAUUGCUUAUUUUUAUUCAUCCAAACCUCAACCUCAAGAAUUUACAAUCAUGGUCAGUAGCAUCCCUCGUGUAUCUGGGAGCAGCAUCAGUGACACCGUCGAAAGUUUCUUCAGGCAGUAUCAUCCCUCCACGUAUCUUUCUCACAUAGUUGUUCACCGGACAGACAAGCUAAAAACUCUUGUUAACAAUGCUGAGAAGCUGUACAAGAAGCUCACUCGAAUAAAAUCUGGAAACUUCUCUCAGCAAAAGUUUAGACGUGAUGGCUUUUUAGGGCUGUUUGGGAGGAAUGUUGAUGAGGCAGAUCAUUACGAAAAGAAGCUCGAGAAGUUAGAACAUGAAAUGAGAUUGAAGCAGUCUUUACUGGCCGGAGAGGAAGUUCCAGCUGCUUUUGUUUCCUUCAGGACAAGACACGGUGCUUCUAUAGCUUUAAACAUACAACAAGGUUUAGAUCCGACAGAAUGGGUCACUGAGAUGGCUCCAGAGCCCCGGGAUGUUCACUGGCCAUUUUUCACUGCUUCAUUCGUGAGAAGAUGGAUAUCCAAUGUGGUGGUAUUCGUUGCUUUCAUGACUCUUAUUGUCCUGUUCAUUGUUCCAGUUCUACUGGUUCAAGGUCUUGCUAAUCUGCACCAGUUGGAGAUAUGGUUCCCCUUUCUGAAAGGCGUACUGAACAUAGCUGUUGUAAGCCAAGUGAUUACGGGAUAUCUUCCAAGUCUCAUUUUACAGUUCUUCCUCCAUAUGAUACCGCCCGUUAUGCUUCUUCUUUCCUCCAUGCAAGGGUUCAUCUCUCACAGCCAGACAGAGAACAGUGCAUGUUUCAAGUUGCUGAUCUUUACCAUAUGGAACAGCUUCUUUGCAAAUGUACUUUCGGGAUCUGCUCUUUAUCGUGUUAAUGUCUUCCUCGAGCCUAAGAAUAUUCCCCGUGUACUGGCUGAAGCUGUGCCAGCACAGGCUACUUUCUUCAUAUCUUAUGUGGUGACUUCUGGAUGGACGGAUCUAUCAUCAGAAAUCUUCCGUCUUGUUCCCCUUCUUUUGAGUUUUCUUAAGAAAAUUUUCUGUAUAGAAGACGACAAAGAACUCCAAGUCCCUUCAACUCCUUACUGUGGUGAAAUACCAAAGAUUCUCUUCUUUGGGCUUCUUGGGAUAACUUACUUCUUCCUUUCUCCGUUGAUACUGCCAUUCCUGGUGGUUUAUUACUGUCUUGGGUACAUCAUCUUCCGCAACCAGCUGCUGAACGUAUACGCGGGUAAGUACGAAACUGGAGGGAAGUUCUGGCCGAUCGUGCAUAGAUCCACUGUUUUCUCACUGAUACUAAUGCACGUCAUAGCCAUCGGGAUCUUCGGGCUUAAAGAGCGUCCACUGGCAUCUUCCUUAACCAUUCCCUUACCAAUCCUCACUACCCUUUUCAGCUUCUACUGUCAGAGACGGUUCUUGCCAAUUUUCAGAUCUUAUCCUACAGAGUGUCUAGUGAACAAAGACAGAGCAGACGAGAGAGAUCCGGACAUGUCUGAAUUCCACGCCAACCUCGUUGUUGCAUACAGAGAUCCUGCCCUCUUACCUCCUCAGUUCUCGUUGUCACGAGACAUCAACCAGGAAGACUCUCCACUUCUCCACUCUCGUCAACCCUGAAAGAAAACUCGCGCCACCUCAACCGAGACGUUUGGAACAUUCCUCAGUUUGUGCAAUAGCUUCAGUUUAGAUUCUUUUUUUUUUUGGUUAAAGUUCAGUUUAGAUUCUUCUUCUGUCUGUUUUUUUUAAUAAAAAAAUAUAUUUUAGGCUUUUAAUGGGAUAAUAAUAGGAUUUUUGUCUUUCGUUA